CGUUUCAUAAGCCUUCUCUCUGCUAAACAAAAGACUGAAUAUUUUUUUACGAAAAAAAAAAUAAUAAUUUUCAUCACUUAAACUCUUUUACAAGACAAAGACUGUGUACAUUAUACUUUCGGUCGCGAAACUGUUAACUUGAUUGUCUGUGCAAGAUGAAGGAAUUAAAUUCAGUUCAAAAAUUUUAUAAAGAUAAGACAAUCUUUAUCACGGGUGCAAGUGGAUUUAUGGGAAAAGUGUUGAUUGAGAAGUUGCUGUACUCAUGUUCGGAUUUAAAGGAAAUAAUAAUAUUGAUGCGUCCAAAGCGUGGAAAGACAGCAAAACAAAGAGUUGAUGAGUUCUCAAAAUUGCCUCUCUUCAAGAGAAUCAUGGACACAAACCCAGACAUCUUGAAAAAGAUCUUCCCAGUUUGGGGUGAAAUAACACAGCCAAAUUUAGGAUUGAGUGACGAACAUUUAAAUCACAUACUUGAAAAUACAGAAAUAGUCUUUCAUUUAGCGGCUUCACUCAAGCUUGAAGCAACAUUGAAACCGAAUAUUAUUAUGAAUUUGACUGGAACUAAACAUGUGGUAGAUGUUGCGAAAAGAAUUAAGAACCUUAUUCAAAUGGUUCAUACAUCCACAGCAUUUUGUAAUGUUGAACAUGAGAUUUUAGAAGAGAAAGUCAAUGAUUUUCCACAUGAGCCACUUGAUUUAAUUAAUAUGGCUGAAUGGUUAUCAGAGGAAGGAAUGUCAUCAAUCCAAAAAGAUCUCUUAGGAGUUCAUCCCAACACUUAUACGUACACAAAACGUCUUGCAGAAAUUUUAGUUCGUGACGAAUAUGAAAAGAGUAAUUUACCAGCUUGUAUAGUCCGACCAAGUGUUGUAACUCCAUCAUUCAAUGAUCCAAUUCCUGGAUGGGUUGAUUCACUUAAUGGACCUCCAGGCAUAAUUGUUGCUUCUGCUAAAGGUGCAUUAAGAUGCAUGCUGUUGAAUAGGGAAGCAAAUUUUGAAUCAAUUCCAGUCGACCUUGCUAUAAAUGGGCUCAUCAUGAUUGUAAAGAAGCUCUGUACAGAGACGAAGAAGUCAAAAGAAAUUCCAGUUUUUAAUGUGACAAUGCAUGAACUCGUGAGAAUGACUUACGGAAAGUUUUUCGAUUUGUCUGUCGCAAUGAGAGAAGAAAUUCCAGCUUCAAUCAGCUUGUGGUAUCCAAAUGUGACAAUAACAUUGAACAAAUUCUAUUAUCUGAUAAAUAUCAUUCUUUUUCAAUGGAUACCAGCUUACUUCAUUGACUUGUUGCUAUUAAUUUUCGGACAGAAAAGAUUCAUGGUCCAUGUGCAAAAGAAGAUUGCAAUCGGAAUGGAUGUCCUUAAAUGUUUUACAAUGAACAAUUGGAACUUUAGGUCGAAAAAUUUUACAGAUCUUGUGGAAAUACAGUCAAAAGAGGAGUACGAUAUGUUCUUCGUUGAUACAAGACAAAUUGAUGUAGACAAAAUGGUUCGUCAGUCAAUCAUUGGUGGACGUGUUUAUUGUCUUAAUGAUCCUUUAUCAACUGUUCCUAAAGCCAAACGAUUGCUCAAAAUACAAUACGUAAUUGAUAGACUUGUAAAGUUCAUUUUCUUCUAUUGGGUCAUUAAAAAGGUUUUAGUUUAUUCUGGAAUUUGGGAUCCAUCAUAUGGUGUAUUAGACAUCUUUAGUGGAAUCUUUUAAAAUUAAUAAUUUUAUAGUCAGACUACAGCAGUCAUACCUUUGUUUCUAUAAUUAUAAAAAAUGUCAUCAAAGCUAUUACAACCUUCUGGUUAAAGAUUUACACAAUUGGAUAUUAAACACUGACGUCAGUAAAUACAAAUGACAUUAAACAAUUAAUUAAUUAAGUCAAUAUGUACCUACUUUACCGAGAAAUGUAUUUUUUUUUUUAUAAAAGCUCAUUAAUAAUCUCGCAGCAGCUUACAACAAUGCUAUGAAAGUGUUGUGAUAAUUCGUAAUGGUGAUUGCAUUUCAUAGUUUUUAAGUGCAUUUGGCUUAUAAAAAGUGCAAUCUAUCAGAAUCAUAAGCACGUAUUUAAUAAACAUGUAGUAUUAAGGCGGUGGAGCGAAGAUUUUAUACCUGUGAGAAAUGAAUUGAAAUAUAUCUAAUUAAUUGUAAUAAAAAUCAAAAAAUAAAACAUUGUUG